UAUAUGAGGUGCUGUGCUCUUUGUGGUGCUUAGUUAAACUUGUAAGAAGUUCCUCAGGAGACUUAGUUAAUCCUACACCAUGUGUGAACAAUUUUUGGGAACUUGGAAGCUUGUUUCCUCUGAAAAAUUUGAUGACUAUAUGAAAGAACUUGGCGUGGGCUUUCCCACCAGGAAGGUGGCUGGUAUUGCCAAGCCCAAUGUGAUCAUCAGUUGCAAUGGAGAUGUUAUAACCAUCAAAACAGAGAGCAGUUUAAAGAACACCAAGAUUUCCUUCAAACUGGGGGAACCAUUUGAUGAGACCACAGCAGAUGACAGGAAAGUAAAGAGUAUUGUAACAUUAGACAAUGGGUCGCUCAAUCAGUUGCAGAAAUGGGAUGGCAAAGAGACCACAAUAAAAAGAAAAAUAGAAGAUGGAAAGCUGUUUGUGGAGUGUGAAAUGAACAACGUUGUCUGUACCAGAGUGUAUGAGAAAGCAUGAAGAUAGACUCCUUCCCCUGUGUGGUUAGUGGGACACAGAAGCAGAAGAGUUAGCUGGUUUGGGAUGCAGAGCCCCACAAGGCAGUUGCUUUCUCCAAAGAACUGAUAUGUUAUUGAUAGAACUGUUCCAAAGAACCUGUAUACAGUAUUCAACCUAAAAGUAUGGUGACUAUUCAAUA